AAUUUUCUGCCGAUCCUUCAACGAGUGUCGCCUGAAAGAAGUGUUUCCUAAAAAAUGGUAUGAUUCGUUGGUGGUUAAUCGUGUUCAAUGAUUUGGUUAUCAUAAUCAAUCGGAAAUUCGUUCAAAUGAAACAUUGUUAAGAUGAAAUUCCCAAAAAUUAACAUUUAGAUUUCGUUGCGUGAAGAGUUUCAAGUUUGACAGUUUUGAUGAAGCGUUCUGUGGUCGAAGUUUGCGUGUAGUUGUGUUUCAGUUCGUGCGUGUGCGUGUUGUGUUGCGGUCAAAAACGGGAACGCCAUAUUGAACAAAAGAGGAGACGACAAAACUAUCCUGUAGUUUUAUUACAUUUGUUCAUUGAGUCGCGAUUGCCGUCAAAAAAGGUAAAGUGCAAAGCUUCUGUGCAGAGGCAAUUUAAUUUUUCGUAAUCUGCAACAGCAUCGCGAAAAGAAAAGAAAAUACAUAAGUAGUGCUGCUUUGGUUGGUUCGAAAAAUUGUACAUUUUACCGAACCGGAAUCGGUUCUGCCAGCAGUGGUCGGGCUGGCAAAAGUUUUGCUCAGUUUCGGAGUGUUUUCGUUCUGCGCCCCCGAUUUUCAAUCGUUGCAUGGUCGGAUAAAUGUGGAUGAUUUUGGUGACACCAUGAAUGAAAGAUCGAUUUUCGUACUGUGAUUUUGUUCCGAGGUAGAAGCGUUCGGAACCGUCCGAUGCUCGUAAAUACAAAGUACCGGUGUUCCAGUGUUCGACUCGAUUAGUGUGAGAAGAAACGAGAUGCAAUUCGAUUCCAUUGCUUAGGUGCAGUUUAGUUGAUUCACGGGAAAUAGUUUUUGUCAUUCACCCAUGACAACGCCACGAUAUCAUUUGAAUCUGACAUGUCACAAAUGUGUGUAUCAUGACCGCAUCUAGGAUCCGAUGAUGAUCAAUAUCUAUUGAACUGUGGAAUUAAGAAGCAUUCCUUGCGUACUGUAGAAUUUCAAUACAAGUAGACUGAGGAUUUGUGACAUAUUCGGAAGUGUUCGUGUGUGUUUCGCGUAUUAAGACCGUUAGCAGUAAGUCCGAAUGAAUUUUCCUACUCGUAAAUAGUGGAACCCAUUGAAAAUGUCCGGACACAAUCCACCCCAUGGACGACUAGGCCAGCCGAAUUCUACUUGGAAUCCGUUACAGGUGCCCUCGUAUAUACCUCGGCAACCACAAUUGGCCCACAUGUCCAGUGAACGAUCUCUGGCGAGAUCUCCCUUAACAUGGCAUACGCCACCUACUCACCAGGAUCAGCUUUACAAUUUCAUGACUGCAAAUCACAAAACGAAUCUAGAAAUCAAUCCCAUGCUGCCAACAUUCGGAAGAGGCUCCGGUAUGCCACUAGGAUCCGUUGAUCUGUCUCUGUCAUCGGCCUCUCGUAGCACACCAUCCCCGAAGGGAAGUAAUCAUCAACCGCCAGGUCCACAUGGUCAACAACAGCACCCUUCAUCGAUGCCACCUGGCAUCAUUCCACCCGUCCUCGGUGGACCCUUGAUGCCAGAUCAAAACGACCAUUUUCAUCCGAAAAUGGUUCCAGGACAUGGUUCGCAACAGCAGCAACCGCCGCAUCAUUUGAACAUGAAUCACAAUCGUUCUCCAUCGGCGAACCAAUCUGGAGGUGUUAUACAGUCGACUGCUGCUCUGAAGGAUCGUUCCGGGCACGGUUUGAUGGGGAGCUCAGCCGGUGUUAACAGUGCUAGCGGAAACACACCGACAUCGUGCAGUUUUCUCGGUAACAGCGGAAGCAACAGUCUAGUGCUAGGAUCUGGCAGUGCCGGUGGUAAUGGAUAUUACAACAUGAUGAGUAGCAACAGCAGUGGCAACAACAAUAACGCUUGCGUUGGUGGUGGUGGUGGCGGUAAUAGUAUUAACAACAGGUCACUUGCUGGUCCUGCAGGAGGUACGGCUGCUCCUUCCUCAACGAUGGGAGGAAUGGUUGGCGAUUUGUCCUCGAUGCUCCCUGGUGGAUUGCAUAUCAAAGAUACCAAGCAAAUUAAUAACGAAGUCAGCGGAAGAAAUGGCAAGGAUAAUGCCCCUCCGAACACUGAUUCAUCAGACUUGGUCAAAGAUAUAAUAAUGCAUGCAAUGCAAAGUACUGCAGUUUCUGUUUCACCCAAACAAGACUCAUCAAUGCGACUGCCAGCUCCUCCGGCUCAAAGCCCCGUGCGGAGUCGUAGCCCACCAAUGGUCAAUUCAAGUGUGGACAAAUCUUUCCCGACGAUUUCUGCGAAUGUGCCAUCUACACCUGUGGGGGUCAAAACGGCCGACAUAAAAGCUAGUAGUUGUAGCAGUAGUAGUAGUUCAACGCUGGUCACACCAGCAACGCCGCCAGUAGCCACCGAGGCGAUCAACAACGACCGAACGUCUCCUAAUCAAAGCAUAACUUCGAGUGAAGAUUCGGCCGAUUCUAAUUCAAGCAAAUCCCGAAGACGACGAAAGCCCGAUCGAACCAAUAAGAUGGACUCGGGUGAGCUGGAGCGGAUGCAUGAUUUUCUCGUCGGCGGUGAUAAUUGUGCAGAUAAAUGCGAUCGAAUCGAGGGAAUAGAUCCGAUGAGGCCUAACAUUGCGGUUCGGAAUGAUAUUGCCACACUUACUCUCGAAGGAAUUAGCAGUCUCAGCCAGGGACUUGCGAGUGAUAAUAGUCAUAGCCCCCAUAUUACAGAUCUGUCCGAUAGUACGCGGAUACACCUGCAAAAUUUGAGCGAAAGCAAUAGCGACCGUGUUGGUGCAUCGGUUAAACCGCCCACAGUGAGCUCGGUAAUCUCUAGUGUGCUGUCGGCUGCUGCGGCCGCUAUGGAAUCGGCUCGAAAGGACAGUGAAUCGAACUCGGAUGAUUGUGAGACAAUCGAUAAAAUAGCAGCAAUGAUAUCCAGUACUGAAAUCGACACUGCUCCAGCUCCAACCGCACCGAAACCGACGACGGAUGCAAUUGCUGAGCUUAUGAAAAAUGACAACGAAAGUGGCAGCAUGAAUGGUCCAAUGGAUAGUCAGCCUCUGCCGCCAGCCAAGGGUUCCUUAACUGCAGAAAGUGAUAAAUCGCAGUUAUCUAGAAACGAAGCAGAUGAAAGUUACGAAGAGAUUGAAAACAAGUUAGAGGAAAUGUUUGCCGGAAUCGAAGAAACUUCACCAUCAUGUUCGAAGACAUCGCCCACCACCACCACCACCGAGAAGAAGCUGUCGUCACCGUCAAAGCAAAGCAGCGAACCCACGGAUAUUUUGGUACAAUUAUCUGAAAAAACCGAAGAAUCUGCUAUUACAGAUCUCCGAAUUUCUUCCGCUGAAGCUACCGAAGAUUCACCCGAACCUAGUACCAGUGGAACGCAGAAAAAAGUUCUUACGCCGGCAACGAAAAAAACUGUUUCUGGAAAAGCUUCCGGCAAUUCCGGAGCAUCUCCGAAUAAAAAGAAAAAAAUAUUAAAGAAAAAACCUAACCAAAACAAGGGAACAAGUUUUGCUGCCGCUGAGGAAAGGGCUGCCUCGUUUAGCUCUAAGUUCAACAAGAAAUCGUCGGCGAAGGGUAAUGGAAAAAAAGGAAAUGGUUCAGGUUCUACGGCUAGCAAAAAUGUCAAGCUUAAGACGAGCGACUGUAGUGGUCUCAUUGAUCCCAAUGGUAAACACAAAGGACCUUUUGUGCAGGUUAAAUCCGACGGCAGUCAUGUGGUGAUAAACACCCCAAUCAACGAGGACGACACCGAGAAGGCACAGAACAAGACUAAGAAAUUCACGACUAGUAUGAACAGUACGGAGAGAAGCAAAAUUCGAGGCCUGCAUGUGAGCACUCUAAGCACCAAGUACGAUGCGGACACUACCGACACCAGUUGGAUGUGUGUGUUCUGCAAGGUGGGACCGCACAAAACCCGUCUAGGGGAUCUGUUCGGACCGUAUAUCAUUAGUACCAAGUCAAGCGAGUUCGAGCAGAGUCAAACGGAUGAAGAUUUCUUUAAUAUUAAGCGGACACGAGACAGUCUCGCCUCGAAACUGACGGCCUCGGGGGAAUCGUCUAAAAUGGUGUGUCCGCCGAAGUCGAAAAAAAGAAAAAUCAAUGACGUCACACCCGGCACCAGUGAAACAACGAACUCAGUUGCCCCAGGACCGAUAGAGGAUAUGUUCUACGGUAUGAUAAAGGCCGGCGAUGAUUCCUAUGAGGUUUGGAUGCACGAGGAAUGUUUGGUUUGGGCUCCGGGAGUGCACAUCGUCGGUACUCGGAUCGUCGGUCUCGAAGCAGCUAUUUGGAACUGCUGUCGGCAUCAGUGUCGUCUUUGCUCGCUGUACGGAGCCAUGGUGAGCUGCUUGCACCGAGGUUGCAACGAAGAAGCACACGUGGUUUGCGCACGGAAGAAUAACUGGAAAUUGGGUGAUGAGUUCAAGUCGUGUUGUGCUCAGCACUCCAACACGAACUCCUGAGCCGCUGGACGUUAGAUGGUUUGUUUUGUAUUAGGUUUGUGUUAAGUUCAUUGGCGAACAAGAGAGAGUUUUUUUCCUGGUUGGCAACGUAUUGCUUAUUAUUUUGAGAGUAUCUCAGAAAUGUUUUGUUUGUUUGGUUCUCACCCUUCUUUUAAGACGCGCGGUGCGGGCCUCAGGUCACUGGAAAGAUAUACAAAAGUGAUGUUUACAAAUGUAUCUGGAAAACAAAAAGAAAAGUCACAAUUCAAUUAUAAAUGUACAUUUUUAGCUUGUAAAUAUAGUCAGCUAAUGUAUGAUAUUUUAAUUAAUUUUAACUUAGAAACCCACGAAUAUAAAAGAUAUUUGGCGUGAUCGUGAUUGAUGAAGUACUUUUCAUGACGAUAUCUAUCCGGAAUAAUUGUGAGCAAAAUAAUUUAUUUAAUAGAAUUAGUAAUAUCUUGGAGUAAUUGAAUAUACUUUUGACUAGGCUAGGACGUUUUCUUCUGAAAAUAAAAAUGCAACAAUAUCGACAUAUAUUGAAUGAAACCAAUUUACUUUGGAAGAAAAAGAAACAAGUUGAUUACUUGUUGGAUGCAUGUGAUUAAAUAAAAUGAUAAACUGUAUCAAAAGAAAACACAUGUGUAGUAUACAUUAUUGAAUAAUGUCUAUCCUGGAGAAAAAUCUAUAUUAAAUUCUCGUAAAAAU